AUGGCACCCAUUAUGAAGUUUCUCUACGCUGGUCUGCUCGCAGCUAGCACCCUUACCUCCGCUGCAUUCGCCAGCCCUAUUGACAACACUGGUGUCGCCAUCGAGGCCAGAGAUGUCAACUUCCUGGCCGAGGGUGUCGAAGCCCCAGUCAGCGUUGAGGUCGCCAACAGCGUCGCCGUCCGUAGCGUCGAUGAGAUUGACGCAUCGCUCGAGAAGCGCGUCUUCACCUCUCCCCACGUUCGCAAGGCCUUCAAAGUUGUUGCCGGCAACAUGAUCUCUGCCGCCUCCUGGGCCUUCAACUUCUGGGUUGAGGAAGACUACACGGGCAAGUCCACGGUCUGGUACAGCGGAGUCACCGGCGGAGGUGUUUCGACCCCCAAGAUUGGCGUUGAGGGCGCUACUUUCAUCUCCAAGACUGGCACCGAGCUCGACCUGAAGGUUCCGUUCAUCGUGAAGGGCUUUUACGCUGGAAAGGAGCUCAUCGUCCACUUUGUCGUGCGCAUUCUCAGCGAUGCUGGAGAGACGUCUGUCCAGUACUUCUAUGACCGUCCCACGGCUACCAUCGCCGGUCAGAACGCCCCAGUCACCAGCUGGGACUUUGUCAACACCAAGUAA